AUGACUUCUGCACCUGCUACCAAUAUCAUGACUUCCACACCUGUAUCUACGCCUGCACCUGCACCUACUACUACUGAUUUUAUGACUUCUGCACCUGCUACUAAUAUCACGACUUCCGUACCUGCACCUACUACUACCGAUUUUAUGACUUCCGCACCUGCUACCAAUAUUAUGACUUCUACACCUAUACCUACGCCUGCACCUGCACCUACUACUACCAAUUUCACGACUUCCGCACCUGCUACCAAUAUUACGACUUCUAUACCUGCACCUAUGCCUACUACUACC